GUGUUCUGGGAGUGGGUGUGUUUGUUUGAGUUCAGUGUGUGCAGAAAAGGCAAAGCCUCCACAGCCAUUCACACACUCCCCUCCUCAGCGAUGGGUGCGCAGACAGCAGAGCUCCUGGACUAAGUCUCUGAAUGUGUAUCACGAGAUACCUCCCUCUGCCGCUCCCCAGAGGCUCCUGUUAAUCAACCUUGGCAGGGCCCACAACCCCACCUCCUGGAAAACUCAAGGAGCCUGACAUCUGCCCGUGACGAGCUCUUAGAGAGGCCUCACAAGAGCUCACGCAAUCUCUCUUGGCAGCAAACUGCCCAAGCAAGCCCAUUUCCUCAAAAGAUGGUGGAGGACUUUGCAGCCUCCUAUAUUGCUCUGAAACUAGAGAAUGAAAUUCUGCAGGCCCGGGUGCAGAGGCUGAUGGAAGAAAAUGCUGCCCUGCAGGCCCAGAUCCCAGAGCUCCAGAAGCCCCGAGCAGCCACCCAGGAGCCCGCCAAACCCUCAAAGCCCCCCGAUCCCUCAGCAUCCUGGGACCCCCCAAACUCCCCAGGGUUUGAGGAGUCCCAGAAGCCCAGAGAGCCCCAGGCACUUCCAACUGCCCAGGGGCUCUCAUCGGCCUGCGAGUCUCAAAAGCCUCCAGAGCCUACGGAGCUUGAGAAGCCCCUGAUGGCCCUGGAGGACCACAAGCUCCCAGGAGUCAAGGAGGCCCAAGAGGCCCCUGAUACCAAAGAUGCCCCAGAGGCCCAGGAGGCCCAGAAUUCAGGGCUGCGGGAUCCCCCAAAUGCUCAGGAGCCCCAGGAGACACCAGAAGGCCAGGAGACCUCAGCAUCCCCGGAGCCCCGUGAGCUUCAGGCUCCCCAGGAACCUCUGGAGUCUCACUUGCCCCAGGAGCCCCUGGAGGGCCUAAUAGCUGUUGAGACACCAGCCGCUUCCGAGUUGCUACAGUUCCCCAGUGGGUUAGAGGCCGAAGCCUUCCCCUUAGAGUACCCUUUGCCCUUCAAGGGGAAGGCCCCGAAGCUGCCCGAGGGCCUGGUUCAGCUGAAUAGUUACGUGAGAGUCAGAGGGCACCUGUAUCCCACGGAAGCAGCCUUAGUGAGCUUUGUUGGCAACCGCUUCUCAGGUGAGGCGGGAAGGUGGUUCCAGCCCUUAGUAGAGAUUCAAAGCCCCCUGCUGGAGCAAUUUGAAAGCUUCAUACAAGUGCUCCAGGAUGCUUUUGACAAUCCAGAAACCGUGGAUGAUGCCAACCACCACUGCCGUCAGCUUUGCCAGGGGGAGGACCCUGUCCACCAGUGUGUGACCCACUUCCACCUCAUCGCUCAGGUGCUGAACUGGGAUGAAAGUAGCCUCUGCAUCCAGUUUCAGGAAAGGCUUGCUAGUUCCAUCCGAGAUGAACUGUCUCAGACAAGCCCAGCCACCAACCCCUCUGAUGUGAUCACCCAGUGCAGCAGCCUAGAAGAGAAGCAAAGCGGUAAGCCCGAUGUCAAUGCAGAAGGGGCAAAUGCCUCUGAGGAGAGAGCUGGGCCCGAGAGUCCGCCAGCUGAAAACAGACCUGUGCAGGAUGCAAGCAACCGCCCACACCUCAGUGAGGCUGAACGGGCGCGCCGCCGUGUUGGCCACUUGUGCCUCUACUGUGGUCAUCCUGGUCAUUUUGCCAGAGAUUGCCCUGUCAAGCCUCAUCGUGCCCAGCAGGCGGGAAACUUCGAGGCCCGGCGGUAAGGGGGAACCCGGGCGGG